AUGCCGAAAGCUACGACUCAAGCAUCUGCCUCGCGGCGGCAUAAUCCUCUCGAGGAAGACCUCACAGCAAGCGGGGGAAUCUUAAAAAACAAACCUGGAAAGCGGAAGUCGAGGCAUCAAGAGGAGGGGGAUCAAUUUGUCGAUUCAAAAGCCUCUAGGAAAAUCUUGCGACUAGGACAGGAAUUGGCGGACGAAGAGGAAGCGACUGAUCGAGCAAAGAAUCCGAAGCCAAUCUUCAACUUCGAACCGAGGAGUGACGGUGAGGAGGAAGAGACAUAUGAGGAUGAUGAGGCGUGGGGUGGAAUUGACGAGGAAGUCGAGGAGGUAGAUAUCGAUGAACUUGCGCCAGCGGACUUGGCGACUUUCAAUAAAUUUUUCCCGACGCAGGAAGAUCCUUUGUUGAGGCAAGGUUGGGGCGGAGAAGACGAUGGAGGGGCAGAAGAUGGAGAAGAGGGGCCCGGGACGAAUUUGGCGGAUUUGAUAUUGGAGAAAAUUGCUGCACAUGAAGCAGCGCAAGGAGGAGCAAGAGAAGUACCUGGGCCGAUAGAUGAAGAAUUUGAGAUUCCUCCAAAGGUUGUAGAAGUUUAUACUAAAGUGGGACUCUUUCUUUCGAGAUAUAAGUCAGGGAAGCUGCCGAAACCAUUUAAAAUCCUCCCUACAGUUCCUCGUUGGGAAGAUAUUCUCGAAAUUACCAGACCAGAUCAGUGGACCGCAAAUGCCUGCUAUGAAGCCACAAAAAUAUUCGUAUCGAGCACGCCAACUACUGCUAGACGGUUUAUGGAGAUGGUGCUCUUGGAGAAAGUGCGAGAAGAUAUCCACGAGACCAAGAAGCUCAACGUCCAUCUUUUCAACGCGCUGAAGAAGGGUUUAUACAAGCCUGCAGCCUGGUUUAAGGGAGUCUUGUUCCCAUUGGUAGCAAGCGGUACUUGUACAUUGAGAGAGGCAACCAUCAUCUCAGCAGUCCUCGUUAGGGUCUCGGUACCAGUACUUCACUCUGCAGCAGCCAUAAAAGGACUUUGCGAUAUUGCAGCACAGGAAGCAUCGGCGGGUACCGAGGGAGGCGGAGCUACGAAUAUCUUCAUCAAAGCUUUACUGGAAAAGAAGUACGCUCUGCCAUUCCAAGUCAUCGAUGCACUGGUAUUUCACUUUCUUCGAUUUAGAAGUACGGAUCCAGCAAGCGUUAGACCGGGCGACACAGAAAUGGAGGGGGUUACUGGGGCUGGAGCGAAGAGCAUCAAAUUGCCCGUUAUUUGGCAUCAAUGUUUAUUGGCUUUUGCACAGAGGUACCGAAAUGAUAUCACAGAGGACCAGAGAGAGGCUCUUCUGGAUCUUCUACAAACAAAGGGACAUUCUUCAAUCGGGCCAGAGGUCAGGAGAGAGCUGUUAGAAGGGCGAGGACGGGGUGUUGCUAUUGAGCCCGCUGGUCCUGCAUUUGGAGAUGAUACCAUGUUGGUGGAUUAG